UGCAGGCCAGCCAUGAAUGUUUGUCUGGUUCGACAAAGAUAAAGUUGGGAAUACUACCUAGUACUGUCUCCAUAGCCGAUGAUCCCACUCACCCAGUCGUCUACCACAACCAACCCAUUACUUCUCUUCCUGAGAUCGGAAAUUCUUACCCCCCGCCGGAUUUUCAGUAUUCACUUUGCCUGCGCCGAAGUCAUCUUCGAUCUUUCAUAGCUCCGCCAUUUAUGGACCAUCUGGAAAUUAUUCAUUCCCCAACUCACGAUCACAGGUUUGGGUUCCUUUUUCCAUUCUUUUCUUUUUCUCCACUUUCGUUCUUCCCUCUUCUUGCUUGCCCAUGGAUCUGAUCUUUUCUUGCUUUCUUGGGUUUCUUUUUGUUUUUCCCAUCAUUUUCUUGACCCAAAAUUAAUGGGUUCUAGUGAAAAUUAAAAGGUGUUUGCCUGUUUGGUUUAUGUUUUCUGACAAGCUAAGGUUGGAUCUUUGUAUGGUUUUGAUUGAGCUGUGUGAUCCAAACUCUCAAAUUCUUGAUUCGGAUCUUUAUGGGUAAGAUGGGUACUUCCGGUUAGGUUCAAUUUUCUGCAAUUCUUUGUUCAAUUUGGGUUGGUUUGGAUGAAUAAGAUCUUGAGUUGAUCUGAUUCAAAAGAUGUGCAUAAGGUGCCCUAAUUAACACUCUUUGACUUAAAAAUAGAUAGACAAACAAAAUAGUGGAACACUUUUAUGAUUCAUUCUUUUUAUAAAUAAAAAUUGGCACUUUUCUUGGUGAAUGCAGCAAAACUGUGACCAUUUUUUUUAAAAAAAUAAAGAAUGUUUGAAUUGCUAGAUCUGGAAGCAGCAAACAUCAUAUGACAGCAGUUCUUCUACAAACCAGCCUCACAAACUUGAACAAGAAACGAAAACUCGAAGCCCAGCAAUUCGGGUUACCUCUUCCAAAGCAUCUAUGCGCCUACCAAACCUUUCUCAGGAAAUACAGUUCUUUACUUGAGGAUAUCCCAGAGAGUGAACAUGAAACCACUGAAUCUGUGGAAGACAGUAAUACCAUUACAGAAGACAUUGAUAGUGCCAUGUCCAUUGAAACCAAACCCUCCUCGUCUAACUGUCCUUCCCCUUCAGAAGCCAGCUUGGAUUCUGGUUGGUCAAGGGAUGCAUUGUACUCAUUGGAGAGCAGGUGUGUUACCAAACCAGAUUUAUAUGCCGGAAACGAGUACGAUUUUCUUGAGCAGGAUUUCGGGUGGCAAUUCGGAGAUCAUCAUCAUCAUCAUCAUCAUAAUCAUGUAGACUGCAUUUGCGCAGAAUGUGAGAAGGAGAAAAUUGGAAGACCAACCGAACAAGAACUGGAGGACAUGUUAUACUCUAAUGGUGUGAUCCCUAACAGUUUUGUUCUCUCAUCUGGAAGAUGGAAAGUAGGCCAGCAAGAAAGUGAAGAAGGCAAAAAGAAGCUAACGAUUGACAAAGAGUUUGAGCAAUACUUUGGUACGCUUAUGCUGCAAUGAUAACUUUCGGACGGGUUGUGUACAUACAUCUGUUCAAUAUCAUGUUGAUCUUGUACUAAUAAGAGCCUCCAAUCUGUAACCGAAACUAUAGCUUGGGCAACCAUGUUUACUCUCUUGUUUGAUCAAUAUGAUGUGUUCGGUUGCAUUCUGUAAGUGAUGAAUGUGUUUUUCCUCCAAAUUUUUGUGCCAAACAAUGACCAUAACAACAAACCCGGGAAAAUCACCCGU